CGCCCUCACAUCGCCGCACCAUGAAGGCUCUGCUGCUCGCCGUGCUGGCCGCGGUGCUGUGCGUGGAGAGGGCCCACACACUCAUCUGCUUCUCCUGCUCUGAUGCCUCCUCCAACUGGGCCUGCCUGAAGCCUGUCAAGUGUGGGGAGAAUGAAAACCACUGCGUGACGACGUAUGUCGGAGUGGGACUCGGUGGCAAGUCUGGCCAGUCCAUCUCGAAAGGAUGUUCCCCUAUCUGCCCCAGUGCUGGGAUUAACGUUGGGAUAGCAGCUGCCUCCGUGUACUGCUGUGACUCCUUCCUCUGCAACAUCAGUGGCACCAGCAGUGUCAAAGCCAGCUCCACACUCCUGGCCUUGGGGGUCCUCAUCAGCUUCAUCUACGUCCUCCGGGCUCGGGAGUGAUGGGCUUGGCUGAGGAAGAGCCACCUUCCACAGGUUGUUGUGGGUCUCAUUAGCCAAUAUCUUCUCUGUUGCUGUCUGCAAAGAGAUCCUCUACUUCUCAGCAGGCUUCCAAGGUGAUUGUUUCCCAGACUUUAUGCUCUUCCAAGCAUCAGAGACCUGGGUGGUUUGGCCAAGCUCUUCUUCUUCUUCUGUGGACAUAUAACCCCACUGCACUCUCACACCUCCUGGGCAAAGGUGGAUCGUUUUGGAAGGGUUUCUGCUUUUAUACCUAAUA